UGAGCGUAAUGUGUUGCAUAGGAUCAAACUUCCCAAAUCCAGGUUCGUGACCGGGAUUCCAAAUCAGUUUCCAAAUCGAGGUAUAUAGCCUCAAAGGCUAUCAAACACUUACCAAAAGUCACGUUAUAGCUGAAAGCGCCACUAUUCUGUGUACAUUUGCAGACAAAGCGGAUCUGUUCGAUAUUGGGGGCGAAUGUUCAGCACCAGAGGAGGUAUUGGUGUGACUCAUGCGUGCGUAGUAACGAAUAAAUAGUCAAUGCACGCGGCUCUAAAUAUCAGCAAAUCAAACGUAGGCUACUUCUUUAAAAAGGUCACCGUGGAUGGGAUUUUGUAGACAACUGAUAUUCAAAACCCUGUUUUUCUUGAAGUGUCAAAAGCGCACCAGACGUUGCGUUGCGUUGCCAAAGGACUUUAUUUCACCAUCGUCCUAUAGUUUCUUUUUGGGGCUCUACUUGGUCACCUGUACCCACCCUCAGCACGUGAAUGUGACUUUUCAUCUUGAAUAAAAUAAGAGAGGUUUCGCAGAAAGUGACAGCGAGCUUUGGAGUGAGGACAUUUGUACUGUAUCUUAGGAGUGAUGGCGGCGUCUGCACCUUCCUCGUCUGGCAACGAACCGGAUCCCAACUCGACAAAUUUACGACCACCAGGCUCAAGCUAUGACGCUUGGUGUGGAGUUGCUCACGGAUGUUCUAGAAAAUUGGGAAUGAAGAUAUGUGGAUUUUUGCAGAAGAACAACAACCUCGAGGAGAAGAUUAGUUCCUUCAAGGAAAGAUCGUCUAAGGACCUGCUGGAUAACAGCGACAGGGAUUCCCGUUUCAGACGCACCGAGACGGACUUUUCCAAUCUAUUUGCUAGAGAUUUAUUACCAGCUAAAAAUGGAGAGGAGCCAACUAUGCAGUUUUUGUUGGAGGUGGUGGAUAUUCUCACAAACUACGUCCGGAAGACCUUCGACAGAUCCACCAAGGUCCUGGACUUCCACCACCCCCACCAGCUGCUGGAAGGCAUGGAGGGCUUCAACCUGGAGCUGUCUGACCAACCUGAAUCUCUGGAGCAGAUCCUGGUGGACUGCAGGGAUACCCUGAAAUAUGGAGUGAGAACAGGUCACCCCAGGUUUUUCAAUCAGCUAUCUACUGGCUUAGACAUCAUUGGCUUGUCAGGAGAAUGGCUCACCUCCACUGCAAACACUAACAUGUUCACCUAUGAGAUCGCCCCAGUCUUCGUGCUCAUGGAACAGCUGACGCUGAAGAAGAUGAGGGAGAUCAUUGGCUGGCCUGAUGGAGAGGGCGAUGGGAUAUUCUCACCAGGUGGAGCGAUAUCCAACAUGUACAGUGUGAUGAUCGCCCGCUACAAGUUCUUCCCUGAAGUCAAGACCAAAGGCAUGACUGCUGCCCCCAGACUGGUGCUCUUCACCUCCGAGCAUAGCCACUACUCUAUAAAGAAAGCCAGUGCUGCUCUGGGCUUUGGAACAGAAAACCUGAUCCUGUUGAGCACAGAUGAGAGAGGGAGAGUCAUUCCCGCUGAUUUGGAAGCCAAGGUCAUCGAUGCCAAGGCGAGGGGUUGUGUCCCAAUGUUCGUGAAUGCUACAGCUGGUUCCACAGUGUAUGGAGCAUUUGAUCCCAUCCACGAGAUUGCAGACAUCUGCGAGAAAUACAACAUGUGGUUACAUGUGGAUGGUGCGUGGGGAGGAGGCCUACUGAUGUCCAGGAAGCACAGGCACAAGCUGUGUGGCGUAGAGAGGGCCAACUCGGUCACCUGGAACCCUCACAAGAUGAUGGGUGUGCCACUGCAGUGCUCUGCCAUUCUGGUCAGAGAGAGGGGAGUUUUAUCAGGCUGCAACUCCAUGUGUGCUGGCUACCUCUUCCAACCAGACAAACAGUACGAUGUAUCGUACGACACGGGGGACAAGGCCAUCCAGUGUGGACGACAUGUAGAUAUCUUCAAAUUCUGGCUCAUGUGGAAAGCGAAGGGAACAAUAGGGUUUGAACAGCACAUCGACAAGUGUUUGGACCUCUCGCAUUAUCUCUACACUAAAAUAAAGGGUCGCGAGGGCUAUCAGAUGGUGUUCGAUGGAGAGCCCCAGCACACGAAUGUCUGCUUCUGGUACCUUCCGCCAGGCAUUCGUGACAUGCCCGAUGGUCAGGAGAAGAGGGAGAAGUUGCAUAAGGUGGCCCCCAAGAUCAAGUCAUUGAUGAUGGAGUCUGGAACCACUAUGGUUGGCUACCAGCCUCAGGGAGACAAGGUCAACUUCUUCCGCAUGGUCAUCUCCAAUCCUGCCGCCACCAGGUCAGAUAUCGACUUCUUGACCGAUGAGAUUGAGAGACUGGGGCAGGACUUGUAAUGGCCACACCCAUUAGGAGGAUGUUGCCCUUUGACCUUUCGUUCUCAGCUUUGUCAUGUCCAGCUCUAAAAAGACCCUGAGCUACACUGAGCUUCAUAUUCCUGUUGUCUCUUGACCAAUCAUGUAGGACUUUGAAUCUUCAGCUGCUUGUAGGUCUUUUUAGACCACAGGUAACCUUCAGAAUAAUAAAUGUGGGUCUCAUAUGUUUCCUGUCUGUUCUGUCUUUUAGCAGUGACUAUGCCAUUGUUAGAUUUAACUAUUGUACAGUAUAGCCUAUGUAAGAGAAUACAUAUUCACAUACUGAGUGACCUUGAGCGACCUUUUCAGUAGAGACAGAGGACAAUGCAAGGGACCUCAUGGCAUAGAUAUGUACAGUAUUGUAAUAUACAGUACCAGUCAAAAGUUUGGAGACACCUACUCAUUCCAGGAGUUUUCUUUAUUAUUACUAUUUUCUAUGUUGUAGAAUAGUAGUGAAGACAUCAAAAGUAUGAAAUAACACAUAUGUAAUCAUGUAGGAACCAAAAAAGUGUUAAACAAAUCAAAAUAUAUUUUAUAUUUGAGAUUCUUCAAAGUAGCCACCAUUUGCCUUGAUGACAGCUUUGCACACUCUUGGCAUUCUCUCAACCAGCUUCAUGCUUUUCCAACAGUCUUGAAGGAGUUCCCACAUAUGCUGAGCACUUGUUGGCUGCUUUUCCUUCACUCUGCGGUCCAACUCAUCACAAACCAUCUCAAUUGGGUUGAGGUCGGGUGAUUGUGGAGGCCAGGUCAUCUGAUGCAGCACUCCAUCACUCUCCUUCUUGGUCAAAUAGCCCUUACACAGCCUGGAUGUGUGUUGGGCAUUGUCCUGUUGAAAACAAAUGAUUGUCCCACUAUGCACAAACCAGAUGGGAUGGCGUAUCGCUGCAGAAUGCUGUGGUAGCCAUGCUGGUUAAGUGUGCCUUGAAUUCUAAAUAAAUCACAGACAGUCACCAGCAAAGCACCCCCACACCAUCACAACUCUUCCUCCAUGCUUCACGGUGGGAACUACACAUGCGGAGAUCAUCCGUUCACCUACUCUGCAUCUCACAAAUAACCAAAAAUCUCAAAUUUGGACUCAUCAGACCAAAGGACAGAUUUCCACCGGUCUAAUGUCCAUUGCUCGUGUUUCUUGGCCCAAGCAAGUCUCUUUUUCUUAUUGGUGUCCUUUAGUAGUGGUUUCUUUGCAGCAAUUCGACCAUGAAGGCCUGAUUCAUGCAGUCUCCUCUAAACAGUUAAUGUUGAGAUGUGUCUGUUACUUGAACUCUGCAUUUAUUUGGGCUGCAAUCUAAGGUGCAGUUAACUCUAAUGAACUUAUCCUCUGCAGCAGAGGUCUCCUUUCCUGUGACGAUCCUCAUGAGAGCCAGUUUCAUCAUAGCGCUUGAUGGUUUUUGUGAUUGCACUUGAAGAAAUGUUCAAAGUUCUUGACAUUUUCCGUACUGACUGACCUUCAUGUCUUAAAGUAAUGAUGGACUGUUGUUUCUCUUUGCUUAUUUGAGCUGUUCUUGUCAUAAUAUAGAAUUGGUCUUUUAUCAAAUAGGGCUAUACUCUGUAUACCAUCCCUACCGUGUCACAACACAACCGAUUGGCUCAAACGCAUUAAGAAGGAAAGAAGUUCCACAAAUUCACUUUUAACAAGGUACACCUGAUAAUUGAAAUGCAUUCCAGUUGCCUACCCCAUGAAGCUGGUUGAGAGAAUGUCAAGAGUGUGCAAAGCUGUCAUCAAGGCAAAGGGUGGCUACUUUGAAGAAUCUCAAAUAUAAAAUAUAUUUUGAUUUGUUCAACACUUUUUUUGUUACUACAUGAUUCCAUAUGUGUUAUUUCAUACUUUUGAUAUCUUCACAAUUAUUAUACUAUGUAGAAAAUAGUAAAAAAAAAAAAGAAAAAAAAAGAAGAAAAACCCUUGAAUGAGUAGCUGCGUCCAAACUUGAAUGGUACUGUAUAUAUAUUAUAAUGUACUGAAUAUUGGUGCUGUGUGUUGUCUAUGUAGUUAUUAAGCCAGGUGCACUGUAUGCAACACCACAUUGUAUCUGGUUUUCCCCUUUCAUAUUAAGUAGAGGAAAUAUGUAACAGUCAUUGUAACAGGUACUGUAUUCUAUUGCUGCGUUUUUAGAGCUAAUGAAUUUUGUCCAGAUUGUGUAUAGUAUUGUUACAUUGCUUUUGUGGCAAAUAUAUGUCCUAGUUUUUCAGUAACACAUGUUCAAAUGAUUAUAAAAACCACUAAAUAUAAGUAUUUAAUAGAUUAAUCACUUUAUUUAUAUUGUUAUCUAUUCCAUUUGUAAUGUGUCCUUACUUGUAUUUUGAAAGGCUACUGUGUUUCGAAUAAGCAUAUUAAAGGUAUUUUAGUGUAUUUGUGAACCAAAGAAGGGUAUACUUACAAAUAUAUAUAAAUAAAUCCCUUAAUAUAACCAAUAGAUGGAUUAAGAUAUUUAUAUAAGAAUAUGUAACUCAGUCACCACCCUUAACCUUAGUGCAAUCUUUGUUGUGUAACUGUGAUAUGUCAUUGUGAAUCACAUUGACUGAAUGUUAUAGUGUCACACGACUAGCUGUGGGAGGGAAGCUGAGCUCUGGCAGCAAAUUUGCUGGUUCUUUAGGGCUCUAUUCAAUCUGUAUCGCUGAAGAGUUGCAGAUUGCGCAAUAGAAAUUGAAAGGUAAUUUCCCGUUGAGCCGACAUAUGUAGCGUUUACCGUGAAUGCAGUCUUCACUAUAAUGCGGGAACAUUGCCUUUAAAUUCAAAUCAUCUAUAAACUAUGUCAUGGAUUUUCUGGUCUUUAUGUGACCCACGUGUGGACAAUAUUAUCCCUUAAGAGACCAAUUGUUUGUCAUUGAGAUGUUGACAAAACAAACGCACAGUCAUGAUGAUGAUAUUGUUUCUGUGAUAAGAUUGAUUGAAUACAUUCCUCGGUGAGUCGGAUGGAGAUCCCCUGUCAAGGUAGCCACUUUAGCCUCAUACUAAGUACAGAACAUUACUGUCUUAUUGACAGCACCAAUAAAAAUCUCAGCUUUAACACAUUUUUUGGGGCAUUUUUUGCAGUUAUUAUUAAUGAGGACCAAUGAUCAUCUGCAAUGAAUAAAUCUGUGGCUAUGAGUCCGGUCGACAAGUGAAA